UUGGGGAAGGGGCUGUUCGGAGGGUAUCGCCGUUUCGGGGUAAAAGCCCGUUUGAGAGAGCUAUGAAUUUUGAAUUUGAGAGGGAGAUCGGUUUCAUAAACAGCCAGCCGUCCCUAGCAGAGUGCCUGACGUCCUUCCCCGCCGUCCUGGAGUCAUUUCAAACUUCAUCAAUCAAGGAGUCGACAGUAAUUCCGCCUCCCUUUGAGCACACCAUCCCCAGCUUCAGCCCCUGCACAGCCAGCCAGCCGAGACCAGCUGCGAGAAGCCAGCAGAACCGGAGAGCCUCCGCCACUAAUGGCCUCCAGACGCAUCACGGAGCCGCCCAGCAGCCAUACACGACCGGCCAGGCCCCCGCCCCGGUCACCCCGACCGGCCCGAUUGCCCACGAGUUCCCCUGGAUGAAGGAGAAGAAAUCAUACAAGAAGUGCCCCAAGCCAGGGAGCAACUCCAGCGGUACCGGAUCCAUCAUCCCCCCCGCCUCAUCCUCCCCGUCGUCAACUGCCUCUGGGUACGCUUCGGCGGGCAUCGAGUCACCCACAGACCCGAGUCAGGCGGGCCUAGACGCUGGAGGAGCAGGCUCCCGCCGGCUGCGCACCGCCUACACCAACACGCAGCUGCUGGAGCUGGAGAAAGAGUUCCACUUCAACAAGUACCUGUGCCGGCCCAGGAGAGUAGAGAUUGCCGCCCUGUUGGAUCUAACCGAACGGCAGGUGAAAGUUUGGUUCCAAAACCGGCGGAUGAAACAUAAGCGGCAAAACACGCACGGGAGCGGAGGAAGCCAUGAAUCCAGCGACACGGGAGGCUUUGAGCCGCUCGAAGGCGCUGACGCCUCCUCCCCGUAUUCAAGCCAGCCUCUGGAAGCAUCUGGCACAGGGGAGACUGCCUCGGAGGGAGAGCCGGGAGGCGGCAAUCCAUCUUCGGCCGCCUACGCUAAUGACAGCGGGGACAAUGCACAGCCCACACCAGAGGAGGGAGACCGUUUGAGUAUCCCCGAGCAGCCACCGCUGUUUACGGCAUCGGGGUGCUCUGACUCUGUGACGGCUCGUCACUCUCCGCCGGCGUUGGCGGUCACCAACUCUGCUGACAACCCGGGCCUGAUGCAGCUGAGCGAAUCCGUGCCUGGAUUAACAGCAGCUCCCGAGCAGCAGGACUCCUCAAUUACACCCACAGCUUCAUCUGCUCCUUCUGCCGUAUCUUCAUCGUCCACCCUACCCGACCUCACCUUCUUCGCCGGGGACCCCUGCCUGUCACCCAGCCUGCAGAGCACCCUGGACAGCCCUGUGGAUUUCUCAGAAGAGGACUUCGAUCUGUUCACAAGCACACUGUGCACCAUAGACCUGCAGCACCUCAACUUCUGAGACCUCGACACAAAUUGAAAGUAUAGGGUCAAAUAAAAGCGAGUGGGGCAGUGGGCAGAGGGGCCUGCGUUAAUGAGAAAUCCAGCAGAGGACACAACACUUAUUUAUUUAACAGAAAUAAAAUAAUAUUAAAGCUUUUCGGCAACAUUCCUGAAACCUUUCUCCAUUAAAAUAUGUUUUUUUUUUUACAUAUUCUUCUUGCUUUUUUGGAGGGCAUCAUAGUUUCAAAGAAAUCCAAUUAAUUUUUCACUUUAAAACAUCGAAAGGAUUUUUUUCACCUCCUUUGAAAAUAUGACAAUAUGUGGAUGUAUUUUUUGUACUUCACUUUCUCGGUUUGGAAUUUUAUUAUUUUUUUAUUAUUUAUUUAUUUCUUUUUUUGGGGGGGGGGGAUGUAAAUCAAUCCUUAUGAGUUUGUGGAUUUGUUUUCUCUAGUUCAUCCUGGUGCAGCUUCAUGGAUUCUUAAAAGCUUCUCAGGAACUGUUCACGGAGUCUGUAGGCGCAGAUAUCUGGACCGUUUUGACAAAAUCCAAAUGGGACAAUGAAUGAAUGAAUUCUCUCUUUGAACGGCACGACGCAGAGAGAGGGAAGCCCUGCUGAUGACCGGAGGUUUAAACACUAGUUUAUUUAUUGAGAUUCUUUAAUAGUGAAAAUCCAAAUUAUUUAUUGUACACAUAUUUUCAUAGUGGAAUAACAAUAAUAAUAAAAACACAAACAUUUAUACUGUGCCCCAUGUUUUUUUAUAGUCUCUGAAUUUAUAAAUUAGCACAUUUAUGUGUGUAACCCUAACACAUAGUAUGGAUUAAUUUAUUUGACAACACUAAAUAGGUUAGAACGUUUUUAGACCAACAACCUACAAAAUUAA